AUGGCAUCUUCAUCUCUAUCAGUCGUGUUGAUCCUGUGCCUGGCCGCGGCGGCGUUGGCGCAGCUGUCAACGACGUUCUACGACAAGUCGUGCCCUUUGGCUCUUGAAAAAAUCCAGAACAGCGCGGCGACGGCCGUGAAGAACGACCGCCGCAUGGCCGCGUCGCUGCUCCGGAUGCAUUUUCAUGACUGCUUUGUCCAGGGCUGUGACGCGUCCGUUCUGUUGAAUGAGACUAGCGUGGGUGGCAACGAGCGGGGGGCAUUCGGGAAAGUGGGAUCGCUGCGUGGCUUCGAGGUCAUUGAACAAAUAAAGAAGGAUGUAGAAGCCGGUUGCAAAAGGCCGUACAGCAACAACGGCCCCGUCGUCUCCUGCGUUGACAUCCUUGCCGUCGCCGCCCGUGAGGUGACGAAUAAUCGUGCAUGCGUGGGAGGGCCGUCGUGGGAGGUUAAACUGGGGAGGAGGGACUCCACCACGGCUAGCGCGACACAGGCCAACCAGAACCUGCCUGUGCCGUUCUUGGGAGUCGCCGGCCUCAAUGCUAGCUUCGUCAGCAAGGGGUUCAACUUGACUGACAUGGUCGCCCUCUCCGGCGCCCACACCAUCGGGAGGGCGCAGUGCCAGAACUUCAGGGGCAGGCACUACAACGAGUCCAACAUCAACACGACCUACGCAACCAAGCUAAAGCUCAACUGCCCCCAGUCCGGCGGCAACACCAACCUGGCCCCGCUCGACGACGACACAGCGGUCGCCCUGAACCCGGACUUGUUCAACAACGACUACUUCAUCAACCUCCAGUCCGAGAAGGGCCUCCUUCACUCCGACCAGGUGUUGUACAACGCCACCGCAGCCGGCUGCGCCACCAAGGACAUCAUUAAGUCCUUUGCUUCUAGCUAG